AUGGGUGAGAAGCAGAUACAGACAAUUCGAUGGCAUACUGACGCCCUCAAAAUUGACUUUUUGAUCAACAAGGAUGGCGUCAUCUGCGUUGAUCGUAUCUUGCCAACCACUGUGGAGCCAUCUCCACGUUCUUCGCCCAAUUUCGAAUCUUCUGAGCUUCCGCUCGUCAGUAUCCGUGUGAGCGCCGAAGGCAGUGGUGACAUCAAGACGGCCAAGACGCUCGUUGACACCACCCUUUCUGACCGACUGCGGUACCAGAGCCACAGAAUCAUCAAAAGUGACGACGGCUCUAAAGAGACGCUGACUGUGGAUUGCAGCGACAAUGCCACAAACAUUCAUGUGGUUGCUAGCUUCACCAUUUACGGUAGCAUUCCCGUGGUGCGCGCCCAAACCACCAUUACGAACCAGUCCACCAACAAUCAAGACAUCGUCCUCUCCAACAUAUCCACUCUGAUGAUCGGUAACAUGACGUCCACUUCUGACCGAUGGUUUGAGGAUUACUCACUCUUCCACGCCAACAGCACAUGGUUUCGCGAGGGGCAAUGGGAGGAGCGCUCCCUCCCAAGCGUCGGUCUCGACAACAAUGGCGUUCUGGAGUUGGGAGAUGGCCUCCUGGCUUCGCUUGCCCACUUCGAGCUGAGCUCCCGUGGGUCCUUUUCCACGGGUGGCCAUCUUCCUAUGGGCGCUCUCAAACAACGAAACAAUGAGGAUACAUGGAUGUGGCAGGUCGAGAACAACGCAUCGUGGAGAUGGGAUUUAGGCGACUUUAAGGAUAGCAUCUACCUCGCCGCCUUUGGUCCUAUGCUGAGUAGUCACGGUUGGAAAAAGCGAUUGUCACCCGGCCAGUCCUUUACGACUGUUCCAGUUGCUUGCUGUCGCGUCAAGGGCGACGAACAGGCGACGUUUGCCGCUCUGACCGACUAUAGAAGGCAGAUUCGAAGGCCGCACGACGACAUGGAAAGGAUGCCAAUCAUCUUCAAUGACUACAUGAACUGUCUCAUGGGAGAUACAGAUGAGAACAAAGCCUAUCCUCAGCCCGGAUGGACCGAUGAGCUCAACGCCCUGAGCGUCGUCAACAGUAUAAUGGGCCGCGUCUACCUAUCCGGCCGCAUCGACCUGCUCAGCGACAAUCAGCUGGCCAUUGUCAAAGAGGGCUUGGAAGUCUACAAGAGUAUGCGAGGUGACCUGCAUUACGCGCAUCCCACGUGGCCCUUGGGUCUGCCCAAAUGGCACGACGACUGGGUGGCCCUUGCCUUGACUUCGGCAGACGGCAAGACUACCUACCUCGCUGUCUGGAGACGAGACGGACCGACUGAAGUGAACAUUUCGCUAGAAGAUAAAUUGAGAACACACAAGGACAGCAAAGUCAGUGUACUUUAUCCGAACAGGUUCACAACGAAGGCGGAAUUGGACGGUGCGGAAUACGUGCUGCAUUUGAAGCUUCCGGCGGAACCUUGCGCGCGCAUCUUGAAAAUUGAGUCACAGAACACCAUGAGCUACCUCAUUACAGGAUAUCAUCCCGCACCUACCUAA